UUGUGGUGUUGUGCUGCGCUGCUGGGGCCCCCCCUCACGGCGGCGGUGGCUGGAAGUGGCGGUGCAGCGGCCGCUGGGAGCUUCGGCCUCGAGCCGGAUCAUGAACCAUGGAAAAAUCUCUACCUGACUCAGAGUUUGCUGGCAUUGCUUUUUAUGGUGGCUGCAUUAAACCUUGUUGUCAGUUGGCUCGUGAUAAAUUUAGAAAGCAUUCUUCAAAUAAACUUAAACUUAAAACAGGUGUUGAUCCCUGUACUGUGUGGUGCAGUAAGCCAGUAGAGGUACUGAGAGAAUAUUGUGAUGUAGUUAAAAAAUACAUCUUUUGGCCGCUUCUGUUCAGAAUUGAUCAUAUGUUAAGUGAUUGGUUUGUGGCAGAUAAUCACUUAGAGUACAGUGGUUCCCAUCUGUGUGAACUAAGUUUGAAAAGACUCUGGCACAUCGAGGUUUUGGAAGACAUUGUUGAUUUAGCUAAGAAAGUUGUGAAUGAUCCAUUUUUUAUCAAUGGCAUAUUAAGAAUCGGUACAAGAAUAGAAAAUAAAGUCUUCGAUGUUGGGGAUGCCCUCGAAUGGGUAAAAUACACAGGUGAAUUCAGUGUUCUAGAGAAGUUAAAAAAGCUUGGUGAUUACUGUUGGCCUCCCCUUGAAGUUUUCUUUGCCGAAUACAAAAAUCAUAUAACUAGGGUUGCAUUGGAAGAUUGCAACUUAGUUGAAGAGUUCGAAGCUCAAAGUUGUGAAAACUGUAAAAGGGAAAGUGAAUUUAUGAAAAAAAGAGGAAAUAGUGAGUUUUCCCAAAGGAACUGGCACUAUGCUAUAAUCUUCUACACUAAAGCCAUAGAAUAUUGCCCUGAAAACCAUCUUCUUUACAGUAAUCGGGCUCUCUGUUUUCUUCUCACUGGAGAAUACAGGAGAGCCCUUGGUGAUGGAAAAAGGGCCAUUAUUUUGAAGCCCAGUUGGCCAAAGGGUCACUAUCGUUUCUGUGAUGCUCUUUCACUCCUGGGGGAACAUGAACAGGCAAUGGUAGCUAACGAAAGAGCCCAAGAGCUAUGCAAGAAUAGUCCUGAAGGACUUAAGGAUCUUAUUCAACAAAACACAAAGUUACGGAAGAAAAUAGAAGAAAUUAAAGGUGGCAAACAAAGUAAACACAAACCAAAGAAACCACAUUUUGAGAAAAAAGACUCUGGUUCUUCCAAACCUAAUUUAUUCACUUCUCAAGAGCCAAAAGAAACGCACAAAGAAAAGAGGACCACACAGUCUGACUCUAAAGACCAAAGUUGCAAUCUAAAACAUGAUAUCAAGGUCUCCACUGAUACCCUAAGUAAAGAGAAUAAUUCAGAGUUACCAUCAGGACAGAAUCACCAAAAUAAAGGAAAGCCAAAGAACAAAACCAGUGUUUCUGAAAAGGCAAGAGAACACCUGAAUUUGAAGAUUGACUCUAAAAAUGUCCAAGAUAAAUUCUGCAGUGCUGUCCGACAGGUGGAUUCAACUACGUUGCCAGAAAUGUUAAAAUCUCUUGUUUGUGAUGGCUAUACAGCCUUGAUGGACCAGCGCUGUCGCAGUGCUGAGCAGGCCUUUUCACAGCUGAUGAAUAUUCUGGAUCCUUCAGAAUUAAAGAAGCUGAAUCUUGCUGUUAUUGAUUAUGUUGUGAUCAUCUAUGGGCAUGCUACUGCUCUUCUUGGAAUAGGGCAGCCAGAGGAAUUAGCAAAGGCUGAAGAUGAAUUUAACAAAGUAAUUGAACAGUACCAGAAGGAGAGAUUUAAUUGCUUGGCACAUUAUGGAAUUGGAAAAGUAUAUUUUAGACAAAACAGAUUUUCAGAUGCUCUGGAUCAGUUCCUGAAAUCACAGACAAUGGUUAAUCAUAAGAUUGUACCUGGAGUAUUAACUUGGCCCACAACUUCUGUGGUUAUUCAAGAGACUCGGCCAGAAAUGUUACAGCUGAUGCUGAAGGAUUAUAUUGAGGAAUGCAAGUUCCCUCCAGCCCCUGAUGCAGUAUGUCGUUAUCAGGAGUGCAGUGGUCAUUCUAAAAUCCAGAUUUAUUUUACUGAUCCGGACUUUAAGGGUUUUAUACGUCUCACGUGCUGUCAACAAUGUAAAGUGGAGUUUCACAUCGGCUGUUGGAAGAAGCUGAAAACUACAAUAUACAAUGACAGAAAUGACAAGGAUUUUCUUCAAGAAGUAUGUUUCACCCCUGAUUGUAGUGGCCUCAUUUCAAAAAUUGUUAUCUUCAGUUCUUCUGGUCUUGUGAAAUGUGAGUUUGAAGAAAAAAUCACAAAAACUAAGGAUCCACCAAAAGCCAGCAUUAAGCAGAAGUGUUCAAGUUGUAGGAAACUGAAAAUAAAACAAGAUAAAAAAUUAAGGAGAAAAUAUGUAAAAGAAGAAAUGCUGAAUUCUGUAAAAGAGAGAGUAGAAGAAAAUCAGAAAGAAAAUAGUGAAUCUAAACGUGACCAUAAAGGCCAUAUUCCGGGAGAGUGCUUAUUUGCUGGUGAUGGAGUCCUGCAGUAUAUUAUACAAAAUGCUGAGCAAAUAAAAACAGGUGUAUAUGACACCUCCAAACUUCUUAGUGAAUUACUUUCAUGGUGGAUAAUAAGUAAGGAAGAUUACACAGCAUAUUCCAUCAACAGUAGUUUAUCAAAUCAAGUGAUGGAGCAGCUCAUCAGUUACUUAAUUCAGGAAAAAAAUAGAGUAAAGACAAGAAUUUUUAUCCAUGUACUGAGUGAGUUUGAAGAAUUGGAUCCCAAAUUACAUGAGUGGGUAAAACAUCUCAACAAUUUUGGUUUGAAAGCUGCAGAGAAUUUUUUCUCUUCUUUUGGCCAUCUUGUUGAAAAGCUUGACCUUAGUUUUAUAACCAGUCUCUGGAAUGAAAAGUAUGGUCGUAAGUUAGGGUGUGUUGUGACUAGCACUGAAGACAAAGAAAUACUUAACUAUUUCCAUGAAGCAGCAUUGGAAGAAGCUCGUUGUGUAAUAUGGCUAUUAGAAGAUAAUCGAGAAAAAUUUCCAUCUCUGCACCACGCUUUAGAUGUAUUCUUUGAUAUAAUGGAUGAUCCUUGUGUUAUAAUAAAGAAACAGGAAAAUGAAGAUAUUUCAACUAAUGGUAUCAAAGUUAAAAACAAAAACAAGAAGAAAAAGUCAAAAGAAUCAAAGCAGACUAUUUUAGUACUGUCUGGUGGGGUUGGCGCACUAACACAUGAAGAAGAUGCUAUAUUUGCAGAAGAAAAUACAUUAAGUUUUAUGAAUCCUUAUGAGCCAUUCAUAAUUCCAGAAUAUCUUCGUGAUCAAGUGGAAGAAUUUGAGGCUUUGCAUGGUAGUAUUUCUGACAGUGAUGAUUAUCAGAGAUUUUUGGAUAAUAACCCAGACCCAACUUGUGCAAGUUUAUAUGACUAUUUCUCUCAGAUCUUGGAGGAACAUGGACCCAUGGAGAUUGAUGAUAAAUUAUUAGUUGGAGAGUAUGAACAUUUCCCUGAAGAAGCUCAUAAGAUUGUGGAGAAUGCUGGAGGUUUAAAACCUUUCCUUCUGAGAUCCGUUCAUUUUGUUUUGGUGGACAACUGUAUUGGUUUGAUGAAGCAUGCCAUUCUACUUAAAGGAAAUGCAGACAUCCUAGCUGAAACUAAAGAAGAUACUAGAAAUGAAGAAGAAAAUUGCAUAGCCUGGCCAAAUAUUCAAGGAAACUCUUCUAAAAGCAAACUACAGUUAAACCCAGCUGCUAAGGAGUUCAAACCAGUGUCUUAUAUUAAUAAACCUUAUAUGCCAGUUCCUACUGAUAAUACAUUAGCAAGCUACGAGACUCAAGAAUGUUCAGCCAUAGGACAUUCCUCACAUAUUUCUUAUAGUUCAGUGCAUUCUUUGCCAAAUAAGAGCACUGAUACCAUAGAAGAAGCAGUAUCCUUUUCAAAUAUAUUACUACCCUCAGUAAUUCCUAAUAAUCGCAACAUACUUCUGACUGAUUCCUCAGUUUAUCAGAAUGAAAGAAUGUUGCCAAUCCUCUCUCAACUGCCUUCUGUUCCAAAUGUUGCCAGCCAACCUAGUUAUAUAUAUGCUGAUUAUGAAGCACAUCUUGAUAUUGAUGAAACUGCAAUAUCAGACAGAAGGUGCAUCUCUGGCAUUCUCCUACCAAAUCUAAUGCAAACAUACCAGGACACUCGGUAUGUAGUGGAGAACUUAAAUUUUGAGUUCUGUGGAAAUAAUCUUGAUGGGGUAAAUAAUACGAGUGAAGCUAAAUAUGAUACAUCUGCUAUUAAAAAGGAAAUAGAAAAUAAAAAUUCAUCUGUAGUGAAAAACCAUCCACAUACAAGGAUGAUAGCUGUCCAGGUACAGCGGGAAUUAGCAGAUAGGGAAGCUAAUACUAUGCCUUUUCAUCCAUUUGAAACUCAACAAGGAGAUAUUUUACGUAUGGCAAAAGAACAUCAAGUAUUACAGAAGCAACUAAAGGAAGCAAAAGAAAAAUAUGAGCAGCUGCAAUGCCGAAGCACAGAAGAAACCAGUGUUUUAAAAGAGCAGUUAAAAAAAAAUGUUGAAGAAAAUAAGAUUUCAAAGAGAGAACUGGAUUGGUUUCAUCAAGAUUUAGAAACAGAAAUAAAGAAGUGGCAGCACGAAAAAAAAGAAAAUCAAGAGAGAUUAAAAGCAAUAAAGAGUGCAGCCAAAAGGCAGGCAGAUACCAAUGAAAUGUAUCUGAGGAAUAUUGAGGAGGGGGACAAACAGUAUAAAGUUAUUUUGGAGGAGUUCCUUGAGAUCAGUAAUAAACUUGCAAAUGAGAAAGUAAAACUGGAAGAGCUUAUAAAAAAGAGCAAAGAUCAAUACCAAGAGUGUGCCAAAAGAACUGUCGCAGCAGAGGUGUCAGUACUUGAAAACUGGAAGACUGCUGAGGUAUGCAAGUUAUGCAGCAUAGUUUCAAAUGCAGAAGCAAAUCUUAAAUGGCUAAAGGUAAUUAGCAGCAGCUCUGCUUCACCAUCGCCUCAAUUGAAGUCACAGAUAGAUGAGUGGGAAACAUUUCAUUCAGAUAUCAAGAAAGAAAUUGAGAAAGUAGAGACCCAGUAUGAAGAGAGAAUCCAUAUGGUGAAAAAUGGUGCUGUGCUAAAUGAUCUCUCUAAAGUACAAAUUCGAGACCUUCAGCCUCCUCCUAGCGUCUCAGUCUUGCAAGGCAGGCCUCCUAUUAAUGAUCCAGCCAUUGUAUUGUGUUCAUCUACACCUGUGCAUCCAAACUUACUGCCUCCAUUUUCAAACCCUAAAGACCAAAGUCCAGUGCAUUCUGCACCUCAUGAGCAGAGCAGAAAUAAAACAGCACAUAAAAGUUCUAAUUACUCUACAAAUAGUGGAUCAGUAAAAAUACUCUCUGAAACUUCGGGAAGAUCGUGCUCUGAUCAAAUGCUAGUAGCUCAGCCAUCUGAGAUUUCAGGACAUGCUGCUCCAAAUAUCCAGCUAAGCCACCAAGAUGAUCCACCACCAGCACUGGCACAGUUGGACUCUACUAGAGGUUCAAACAAGAAAGUAGUUCCAAAAGCAUUUGAUAAUAUCGUUUCACAUCUAACGACUAUAUUUCCACAUUAUACCAGGUUUGACCUUACUAAUUUCAUAAAAGAGGUACGAAUUAAAAAAGGAAACACGCUUUCAGGGCUGAGCCAAAAUGAAAUCCUUAGCAGUGUGACAGAACUCAUUUUGGAUCACCAAAUGAAGAAAAAGGCUCUGAUCUCAGCAGGGAGAACUGAAAAGUCAGCAUCCUCCGCUCCAUCAGGACAAACGCAGAAGCUAUCCAAGCCUGCAGAAGGAAGUGUGUCCAGCCCAUCCAAGGCAAGGCCUGCCUAUAAAGCUCCCAAAACCAAAAUGUCUUGUCCCUUACAGCCAGCUGAGCGUCCCUGGAGAUUGGUUGGAGAAACAUCAAAAUCAACAUGGAAAAAAUCAAGAGAUUCUAGUGCCUCUGAGGAAGAUCCAUGCAUAAUAUGUCAUGAGGACUUAAGCAAGGAAGCUGUGUGUGUGCUAAAAUGUGGACACAGUUUUCACAGAGAGUGUAUAGAACCCUGGCUUAAAACACAGAGGACGUGCCCAACCUGUCGAGUUCACGUCCUUUCAUCUGAAGAGUUCCCAGAACUUCCUGGAAAAAACAGAAAUGCUUGAACCUUGUUAUUAAUACUCAGUGUAAUAAAAAGAUGUAAUCAUGUUAGUUGCUGCAAACAGAUAGAGGGUGGUUCUGUGACACGUACUGCUGAGAAGUAUGAGCAAAAAACCUGAUUCUGUGAAACCAGUGGAGCCAGAUUUUGUCUCAGUUAAAAUUAGUUCAAAAUUUUACUUCUAACAAGUCAAACCAGUAAACUUUAAUACUGAAAACUUUCAUCUUGCACAGUUGCUGACCAAAUGGGCUUGAGAGUUGACAGUAACCCAUUUCUGUCAUUAUCUGAUUUAUAAAUUUAAACUGAUUGUAUUCAAACAGUGGAGCAGGAUUGUUUGUUUGUUUAUAAGGGGCACUUAAGCCACCACAUUUGCCUUCUUCGAAGUAAGACAAUACUCAGUUGCUGCCUCUUUGGAGGAAACUGAAAAUUGGUUCAAUACACUGAAAACUCUCAAGAAUGGUAUGUCAUUGAUCUUUGCAUAAAUUGGAUCUGUCAACUGCAUUCAGGAGUGCCAUUGUGAAAUGUAAAUUUUGAUGGUAUAAACAGGCUGAGUGCAUGCCCUUUGUGUGGAGGUCCCCAAUGGAUAAUAUUUGACCUUGAAUGCUAACAUUUGUUUUAUGAAAAAACAGUCGAUCCUACCAAGAUCUUUGGAGAUGCUUAUGUGGAA